AAUUCCAGCUUUUUUGUGUGUUUCAGGUACAAGGAGUUGAGACUAGUGCCAAGUUCGCAUUAGGUUCAGUUGAUCAUAUUGUAGCUCUUGGCACUGUGAUGGAACACAAUGACCCCUCCCAACUUUGUCAUGGUUAUCCACUAGGGGAUAAUAAUUUGCGUGUUUCAGUCUCUGUUGCAAUUGAGGAGAACGCCUUAGUUCCGUUUCCUGUGGGUGAUGAAAUACGAACUGUUAGGCAGGCCAUGGGGAGUUGGGUACCAUGGCCGAAAGAGCUUGUCAUAAUGUCACCUGUGAAGAAACCUGAGAGGAAGAGAAAAAAGAAAGUGGUACAGGAAGACGAACUCUCUGAGGAUGAGUUGAGCCUACAAUCAUUGGCAGCUUCCUUACCAAAUUCAUUGAGCAUGUUGUGCAUGUGGGGUGAGGUCGGAUUCAAAGAUAGGAAGGCUAUCACCAUUCAAAUUGAGGCUGAAGUGUUUGGCCGUGCACGGAAAACAUUUAUACUACGGCAAGAUGUGCACAUAAUUGCAACCAUGAACGAAUUAACUGGGAACUGCAUAGUGAUAUACCAGAGGUACCUCUAUGAUGUCCUGAGUCAAUAUAAAAUGUUGGAUAUGGUUGCUUUUGUUGACCCUGCGAUGAUUGGUGCAAUUGGGUGUGGGAAAGGUCAAGAAAGGUCCCAACAUAUAAAGGAGAGGCUGGUAUCUGCAAAACCUGGACAGAUUUUCAUGCUGCCGUAUAACUCAGAUAAACAUUGGGUACUGACUGUUGUGGAUCCCGAACAAGAAAUUGUUUAUUUUAUGGAUCCCAUGAAGAGGCGGUUACCCACCGGAGAAUGGGUUUCCAUUGUUGAUAGUGCAAUAUCUAUGUAUAAUGCACACAAGGGUAGGAAAGGCCGAAGUUCACCUAUAUGGAAAAAUUUGUCGGGUAUUCCUCCUCAACCGAACAACAAGGAGUGCGGCUACUUUGUCAUGCGAUACAUGAGAGACAUCAUUGAGGAUAAAGACUUUUCAUUUGUUAACAAGUGGGAGAGAAGAAGCAGCCUUGUUUAUACCCAAGUGGAUAUUGAUGAGAUAAGGAAUGAGUGGGCUAGGUUUGUGGUUAAUAGAUACGUGUAGGAGCCAUCACUAGCUGAUGUUUUUGUAAAGCAUGAUGAAAUUUUGCUUGUGCUGAUAGAUAUAAGAUGAAACAAUUAUCAGCAUUUGAUUCAUUCAUGCUUUUUUUGUUUGUCUAGUAGUUUAAUUAUCUAGUUAGAUGUUUGGUUGUACUUGACAAAUGCAACUAUAUAGUUACACUAAUUAUAUGGAUCAAUGUGAAUUUAUAUGUACUGUUCA